CAGGGUGCGGGUGGGGAGGGGUCUCGUCCCUUCUCUGUCUCAGUUCAGUUGAUGGCAGCGGAGGCUAAAAAGGGGAACUGAUUAGCAAUAGCUUCCCUUCGCUGCUGAGGCGGCUGGUUCCCUAUCCCUGGGCUGCCUGUGACACUAGUGGGGGCGGGAGCGCGGUCAGAGGCUGUGCCUCUCGUCGGCACAACCUUUAAUCUGAGGUGGGGGCUGCUGAGUAGUAUUUGCCCCUCUCUUCCUCCUGUCCUUGCUCUGGGGGCCGAUUAGUCUGGAGAGUUUAACUGGGGUUUCCCCUCCUCGCUGAAUGAGGAGUUGCUGUGGUAGCCUUGAGGGUUUUUUUUGUCUGAUGUAGACUCCAGCAGCCUUCCUCCUUUCUUUCCUUCCAUCCUUCCUUCUUCCCCUUCGCUAUGUAGAGCGGGAGAGACCCGUCAAUUGGAAGACUGAAAUGAAUUUAGAUGGACUUUCAAUUGCUUUUUUUUAAAAAAGAAGAGGAUACAUCCCAGUUGCCAAUGCACUGUUUUUUAUAUUGCUUUGGAGAAAUGGGGGUCAUUUGCUGCUGCUAAAUCCUUGGGGCAUUUUAGAGAGUUCCUACAAAGAAGGCAAAUCUGUAUUUUUUUUGAAGCGAAGGAGCCACAUUGAUUUUAGCCUUUUUUAUAAAAUGGAGAAUGAGAUAUUCACACCCCUGUUGGAACAGUUUAUGUCUAGCCCUCUUGUCACCUGGGUUAAGACAUUUGGACCCUUAGCUGGAGGAAAUGGGAGCAACCUGGAGGAAUAUGUGGCUCUAGUGGAUGGCAUAUUCUUGAACGAAGUCAUGCUCCAAAUGAGACUUUGCAGCAGUUGAUCAUGAUGUCUUUGCCAAAUGUCUUAAUAAUUGGCAAAAAUCCUUUUUCUGAGCCAGGAACUGAAGAAAUUAAAAAACUACUUUUACUCUUACUUGGCUGCGCAGUUCAGUGUCAGAAAAAAGAAGAAUUCAUUGAAAGAAUCCAAGGUUUAGAUUUUGAUACAAGAGCAGCUGUUGCUGCCCACAUUCAAGAGGUAACUCAUAAUCAGGAAAAUGUAUUUGAUCUGCAGUGGAUGGAUGUCAGCAUUGUGUCACAAGAAUAUAUCGAGCCUCUCUUGAAAAAUAUGGCAUUACAUUUAAAAAGACUUAUAGAUGAAAGAGAUGAACAUUCUGAGACUAUCAUAGAGCUUUCUGAAGAACGGGACUGUCUUCAUUUUCUACCUCAUGCAUCAGCAGCACAAUCACCUUGUGGAUCUCCAGGCAUUAAACGCACUGAAAGCAGACAGCACUUGUCAGUGGAGCUAGCAGAUGCUAAAGCAAAGAUAAGAAGACUUAGGCAGGAGCUGGAGGAAAAAACUGAGCAGCUGCUGGAUUGUAAACAAGAGCUUGAACAGAUGGAGGCUGAACUAAAGAGACUGCAGCAGGAGAACAUGAAUUUGCUUUCGGAUGCUCGCUCUGCCAGAGUGUACCGUGAUGAGUUAGACGCACUCCGUGAGAAGGCAAUCCGAGUUGACAAGCUUGAAAGUGAAGUCAGCCGAUACAAAGAGAGGCUACAUGAUAUUGUAUUCUACAAGGCUAGAGUUGAGGAGUUAAAAGAAGACAAUCAAGUAUUGUUGGAAACAAAGACAAUGUUGGAAGAUCAACUAGAGGGGACCCGAGCCCGUUCUGAUAAAUUACAUGAACUGGAAAAGGAAAAUCUGCAAUUAAAAGCUAAACUACAUGAUAUGGAGAUGGAGCGUGACAUGGACAGAAAAAAAAUCGAGGAACUCAUGGAGGAAAAUAUGACUCUAGAACUGGCUCAGAAACAAAGCAUGGAUGAAUCAUUACAUCUUGGCUGGGAACUUGAACAGAUGAACAGAACUACUGAGCUUUCUGAAGUGCCACGAAAGUCACUUGGCCAUGAAGUGAAUGAAUUGACAUCAAGUAGAUUGCUGAAGCUGGAAAUGGAAAACCAAAGUUUGCUGAAGAUGGUGGAAGAGCUACAAAAUGCAAUGGGUUCUGUAGAAGGCAGUAAUUCAAAGAUUCUGAAAAUGGAAAAAGAAAACCAAAGACUUAGCAAAAAGUUGGAAGGACUUGAGAAUGAAAUUAGCCAAGAGAAACAAAGUCUUCAGAAUAGUCAAAAUCUGAGCAAAGAUCUGAUGAAAGAAAAAGCACAACUUGAAAAAUCCAUUGAGACACUUCGAGAAAACUCAGAGAGACAGAUUAAAAUAUUGGAACAGGAGAAUGAGCAUUUGAAUCAAACAGUAGCUGCUCUAAGGCAACGGUCCCAAAUCAGUGCUGAAGCAAGAGUGAAAGACAUUGAAAAAGAAAAUAAAAUCCUCCAUGAAUCUAUCAAAGAGACCAGCAGUAAGCUAAAUAAGAUUGAAUUUGAGAAAAAGCAAGCGAGGAAAGAACUGGAACAUUAUAAAGAGAAAGGAGAAAGAGCAGAAGAGCUUGAGAAUGAGUUGCAUCAUCUUGAAAAGGAGAAUGAGUUAUUACAGAAAAAGAUUACCAAUUUAAAAAUUACUUGUGAGAAGAUAGAAGUCUUAGAGCAAGAAAACUCAGACCUGGAAGUGGAAAAUAGAAAGUUGAAAAAAACUUUAGAUAGCUUAAAAAACCUUACUUUUCAGUUAGAAUCAUUGGAGAAAGAGAAUUCACAACUUGAUGAAGAAAAUUUAGAACUAAGAAGAACAGUUGAAUCUUUGAAGUGUACAAGCAUCAAGAUGGCUCAAUUACAGUUAGAAAAUAAGGAAUUGGAAAGUGAAAAGGAGCAACUUAAAAAAGGGUUGGAGCUUAUGAAAGCUUCAUGUAAGAAAACAGAACGUUUGGAAGUCAGCUACCAAGGUUUAGAUACAGAAAACCAAAGGCUACAGAAAGCAUUAGAAAAUAGUAACAAAAAGAUUCAACAAUUGGAAAGUGAACUACAAGAUUUAGAGUCUGAAAACCAAACUCUGCAAAAGAAUCUGGAAGAAUUAAAAAUCUCUAGUAAACGCCUAGAGCAAUUAGAGAAGGAGAAUAAGCUGUUGGAACAAGAGACUUCUCAGCUGGAAAAGGAUAAGAAACAACUGGAAAAAGAGAAUAAGAGACUCCGACAACAAGCAGAAAUUAAAGACAGUACUUUAGAAGAGAACAAUAUAAAAAUUAGUAAUCUGGAAAAGGAAAACAAAUCUCUAUGUAAAGAAAUAGGUAUAUUUAAAGAGUCUUGUGUACGUCUAAAAGAGCUAGAAAAAGAAAAUAAAGAACUUGUGAAAAGAGCUACCAUUGAUAAGAAAACACUUGUCACAUUACGAGAGGAUUUGGUGAAUGAAAAACUGAAGACCCAGCAAAUGAAUAAUGAUCUUGAAAAACUUACCCAUGAACUUGAAAAGAUAGGUUUAAAUAAAGAGCGCCUCUUGCAUGAUGAACAGAGCACAGAUGACAGUAGGUACAAGCUUUUGGAGUCAAAAUUAGAGUCUACACUAAAGAAGUCUCUAGAAAUAAAAGAAGAAAAAAUUGCAGCUUUGGAAGCUCGUUUAGAAGAGUCAACAAAUUUAAACCAGCAGCUGCGCCAGGAACUUAAAACAGUGAAAAAAAACUAUGAAGCCCUCAAGCAAAGACAAGAGGAGGAAAGGAUGGUACAGAAUUCUCCUCCAAGAACUGGUGAAGAAACCCAGUCUGUCAAUAAAUGGGAAAAGGAAAAUCAGGAAACUACUAGAGAACUAUUGAAGGUUAAAGAUAGAUUAAUAGAAGUAGAAAGGAAUAAUGCUACCCUGCAGGCAGAGAAACAAGCUCUGAAAACUCAACUAAAGCAACUUGAGACCCAGAACAAUAAUCUACAAGCUCAGAUUCUGUCACUUCAGAGACAGACUGUUUCUUUACAGGAGCAAAAUACAACCUUACAAACUCAGAAUGCCAAGCUUCAGGUUGAAAAUUCUACCCUUAAUUCUCAAAGUACAUCUCUUAUGAAUCAGAAUGCACAACUGCUGAUCCAACAGUCUGCCUUGGAAAAUGAAAAUGAAUCUAUACUCAAGGAACGAGAGGAUCUGAAGUCAUUGUAUGAUUCACUCGUCAAAGAUCAUGAAAAACUGGAACAUCUUCAUGAACGUCAAGCUUCUGAAUAUGAAUCUCUAAUUGCCAAACAUGGAAGCCUCAAGUCUGCACACAAAAAUCUUGAGGUGGAACAUAAGGACUUAGAAGAUAGGUACAAUCAGUUGCUGAAACAAAAAGUACAAUUAGAGGAGUUGGAAAAAGUGCUUAAAGUAGAACAAGAGAAAAUGUUGCAGCAAAGCAAAAAACACGAAACUGUAGCAGCAGAAUACAAAAAACUUUGUGAUGAAAAUGAUAGGCUAAAUCAUACAUACAAUCAACUUUUGAGAGAGAAUGAAGUUCUUCAAACUGACCAUAAGAAUUUGAAAAGCUUAUUGAACAAUUCUAAACUAGAACAAACACGAUUAGAAGCUGAAUUUUCUAAACUGAAAGAACAGUACCAACAAUUGGAUAUUACAUCUACAAAACUGAAUAAUCAGUGUGAGUUGCUUAGCCAGCUUAAAGGAAAUCUGGAGGAAGAAAACAGACAUCUACUUGAUCAAAUUCAGACAUUAAUGCUACAGAAUAGAACAUUACUGGAGCAGAAUAUGGAAAGCAAGGAUCUUUUCCACGUUGAACAAAGACAGUACAUUGACAAGUUAAAUGAACUGAGACGACAAAAGGAGAAAUUAGAGGAGAAGAUUAUGGAUCAGUAUAAAUUUUAUGAGCCAUCCCCCCCCAGAAGAAGGGGCAAUUGGAUUACUCUAAAAAUGAGGAAAUUGAUAAAAUCUAAGAAGGAUGUUAACCGCGAACGUCUGAAGUCUCUGACUCUUACACCUACCCGUUCGGAGUCCAGUGAAGGAUUUCUUCAGCUACCCCAUCAGGACAGUCAAGAUAGUUCUUCUGUGGGUUCAAACUCUCUUGAAGAUGGCCAGACACUGGGAACCAAAAAGAGCAGUAUGAUUGCACUGAAAAGACUGCCCUUUUUGAGGAACAGACCGAAGGAAAAAGACAAAAUGAAGGCCAUCUACCGUCGCUCCAUGUCCAUGAAUGACCUGGUGCAGUCCAUGGUCCUAGCAGGAGGACAAUGGACAGGUAGUUCUGAGCAUCUGGAGGGCCCUGAUGAUGUAUCUACAGGUAAAAGGAAAAAAGAAUUGGGAGCUAUGGCCUUCUCUACUACAGCUAUCAACUUUGCAACUGUCAACUCUUCUUCAGGCUUCAGAUCCAAGCAAUUGCUAAAUAAUAAAGAUACUACAUCCUUUGAAGAUGUAAGUCCACAAGGCAUUAGUGAUGAUUCUAGUACAGGAUCAAGAGUUCAUGCUUCCAGACCAGCCAGCCUUGAUAGUGGCAGAACAUCCACUAGUAAUAGCAAUAACAACGCUUCACUUCAUGAAGUCAAAGCAGGUGGAGUUAACAACCAAAGUAGGCCACAGAGUCACAGCAGUGGAGAAUUUAGUCUGCUUCAUGAACAUGAGGCUUGGUCUAGCACCAGCAGCAGCCCCAUCCAGUAUUUGAAAAGUCACACCAAGUCGAAUCUCAUGAUCCAGGAAAAAAUGCCUGAAACAAUAGAUAAUCAAGGAAAGCAGAAGAUCAAAACUGGUUCUCCUGGAAGUGAGGUUGUUACUCUGCAGCAGUUUUUAGAAGAAAGCAACAAGAUUACUUCUACAGAGAUAAAGUGUGCAAGCCAAGAGAAUCUUUUAGAUGAAGUAAUGAAAAGUUUGUCUGAGUCUGCUGAGUUGGCAGGAAAAGAAAAGCUAAGGAAACAGUCGUCUGUCAGCAGUGGUAUCGUCAGGUCAUUAAGUGUGAAAAACACAGUUGACUUCUCAGAUGGAAGGUCAGGUAAACCUGAACAGCUUGUAAGGCCCAGCCCUCGUAAAACUGAAGAUACCUACUUUACCAGCUCUCCAAUAAAAUUGAUGUCAGGUACUCAAGGAAAGGUCAAGUCAAUCAAAGAAAAAGUACAAACAGAUCCAUCACAACGACAAUCAAAAGAUUGCAGCCCUUAUGCUACCUUACCUCGUGCAAGCAGUGUGAUUUCUACAGCAGAAGGAACUACUCGAAGGACAAGCAUUCAUGAUUUUUUAUCUAAGGACAGUAGGCAGCCUGUAUCAAUUGAUCCAGCACCAUCUACAGCUGAUAGAAGCAUUCCAUCAGCAUCUAGUGAGUACUGUGCACACCAGCAGUCCUCUAAUUUUUUUCAUUAUACAUCUUAUAAUGUAGAUUCUGUUCCACAAAAUGAUUUAGAUAAUAUAGUUAAACCAGAUCACUCAGGGUAUAAAUCUGAGAAGCCUAGGAAUUCAAGGAUGGGAAAGUCAAAUGUUGACAAAACUUCAAGCACUAAUGUGUUCGGUGGUGAAGUUGGUAUAUCAACUAUUGAUAGCACAGGGACAUUUACUGUGGCUCAUGUGUCACAGACAUUUUUAUCCCUUAACACUGAAUUAGUUAGUAAUAUAAGUGGAUUACCUCAAAGGUCUACAGCAAAGGUAACUAAUCAGUCUUCAGAUGACCAUAAGUCUGAUAACAGUAACCCACAGUCAGUUCUAAAUAGUGAAUGUACUGCUUCUUCUGCAUGUGUAAAUACUAGCAAGAUUGAAUCCCCUUUACUGGUUUCUGAAGAUAACCAAACUGUUUGGUAUGAGUAUGGUUGUGUAUGAUAAGAGAGUUGUCAUAUUAAAUACAAAUGACAGAUGUUCUUCUCAAUGUCCACUGAUUUAGGGAAUGUUCCACUACAAAUAAAAAAUAGUUUCUUGGCAGGUUUAUGGGGGAGGGGGAUGUUUUCCUCUGAAUGGUGAUCUAAAAAUCAGCUGUGUAUUACACCAUGCAUAUACAUGUAAAAUUGUAAUCACACCAAAGCUUGCAUGAAACAUUAAUUGCACUGUAUAUUUUCUGCAUGCCUCUAAAAGCCUUAAUAAUACAAACUAAUGUUCUGUAUUUUUGUUUGUCACAUGUUAGAAAUAUUUUGUUUUUCUACAUUAUUGAAUGCAUGUUAAAGCAGUUGCAUGCUGCAUUGCCAAAAAUGGCACAAAGAACCAGGUAAUUUUUACCAACAGGAAGGUACUUUUCUUACUUGUACUUUUGUUUUCAGAUGCAUCACCCAUACAGAAAUGCCUAUUUUUUUCCUCUUGCACGUAUACAAUACUAGCAAAAACAAAAAAAACAACCUAUUAGAGAGAUUUCAGUAUCUUUUGCUUUUUAUUUAUGCUAUGUUUUGUGUGUCAUUUUGCUCAAGGAAUAAGUUGUAGCCCAAAUAAUUCAGUGCCUGUAAUUUGCUGCACAAUAAAUAUGAACUGUAGUUCAUAUUUAUUAAAAUAUUUGAACUUUAAUCAAUAAAACAAUUGUUAAUAUUCAUAAAUGGUAAUUUUUUAAAAUAUAACAAUCAAAUUAAGUGUAGCAGCUGCAUAGAAAAAAUGAUCCUCCUCUACCUCUUUUUCCCUUUCCUGUGGUUUGUCUUCCCAUGUCUGACAUACAGAGGUGGUCCAAUGUGCUGUUUUAUUUGGAGUCAAGUAACACUAUAGUUUUAUGAGAAUUUUUACAAUGUAUAAUAAUAAUAAUAAUAAUAAUAAAAUCUUUACUAAUUAUGGUGGAAAUUUUUAUUUCCUAUGCAGAUAGAACAUUGCUUAGUUAGAAAAUGAGGCAUGAGAUUUGAUAAGACUAUAUUAAAUAUGAAUGCAGCUGAAAUAUAAUUUAAAUUUGAUUAUAAAUUGUCAAUUUAGCAAUUCUUUAUGGAAUAAUUUAGCUAAACAGAAAAUGUUGAAAAAAGCUAUUUAAAAUUCUAGCAUCUCUGCAACUGCUUGAAAUCGCACUUUAAGUCUGGUAACAAUUUAAACUUAAAAAGAUUUAAACCAAACUUUAAAAUUAUACCAUACUUCAGCUAUAAAUUGCAUGUGUUUGUAGCGCUAGACCCUUAAGUAGACAUGAGCAUUUUUUUAACAAAUUGAAACACAAUUAAAUAUUUACGUUUGAGAAAUCAAAAGUAGCUGUGCUAUAUAAAAUCCUGCAUGAGAGAAGAUAGAAUAUGAAAUAUCUUGUUGAAAAUAAUGACUAACUUUUACAAUUGCGCUUCUUUGGCCAGAAAUCGUGUGGCAGUGCACAGCGCUGCCACAUGGGGACCCAAAUUUGAUACCUUUGGUCCCAGGUCAGCAAGGACUAGAAGUGCUGCAAGAAUAGUUCACUUAACUCUUCAUGAAGGAAGCAGUAAUUCCAUUGUGUCACACUAGAAAUAUCUUCAGCUGAUACAGGAGCAUCAUUGAUGAACUUUGGAGAAUCCAUUGCCAGGUCUCCUCUGCAAGAUGAACUGCUUUUGAAGGUGUGAGAAGGAAGCAAGUGGAGAACAUAAAGUGUCUUAGAGAGACUCCACGAAGGAACAAAUUAUGCUUCUUCCAAAACAUAAAAUAGCCUUCCUUUACCAUGUUUGCACACCUACACAGUUUAUGGGCUGAUAAAUCUCUCACUUAUCCUUUGGUUAUGUCCAGCCUUGUGCUUCUUAAUUAGGUCAUUGCUGUAUCUCCUAGCCUAAAUACAAUAAAAGAAAUGCUCUCAACAUAAUUCUUCUUAUUCUCACACACACACAGAGUACGUCAGUCUUGCGUCAUUUCAUUCUGCUUCACUUCUUCUUGUUCCAUAUUUGUUUAACUCAUUUUUAACAUAUAUGGUGCUGCCAGUUGAACAGAAAUAUGCACAAUAAAUUUUAAACGUUAUCUAUGGAAUUAUAUAGGAAAUCUAUAAAAUCUUGAAGUAUCCUACAGGAACUCAGAAAGCACACUACAAGCAUCGGUACUUUUUGGCGGGUUGGGUAACUGACAGCAAACCCAUUUAUUGGAAAAACUGAUAAACUCCAUGUACCUCAUUAUAAGCUAUUAAGAAUAAACCAACAGCACCAUUUCGACCUAUGUUGGCGCUCAGCAGUGAGGCCAACGAUUGAAGGGAAACAGAAUUUCAACCUACCCUUUCAACCCUAGAUGUGAUCCUUAUAGAUUGAUAUUGAGAAAGUAAAGGAAACUUUUCCAGCCAAUGUGUACUUCCAUCUCUGAAUCAUUUUCGUUCCUUUCACAAACACUAAAUUCUCACACACCAAUCUUCUUCUUCUAUAUGGCUCUGGUGUAGAGCAGCAACUACAAUUUCACCUGAAGUUGAUCAAGCCAAAUGGCUACAUCAGGAGUAGCAGUAUUUAUUGCAGUAAUGCCUCCUUCAUAUUUAUAAAUUGGGCAGUAGGUAAUAUGUUUGAUGGUCUGUCGUGAGGAGCCACACUUGCCAGUUAAAUUUGAUAACUAAUAAAAUGAUAACUCUGGCAAAAGAAAGGGGCCUUUAUGUGGAUGCAAUUUUUCUUUUAUAUUCAUUUUCACUACCAGCACCUUACACUACCGGAGUGAAAUUAAGAGGCUUUGUAUAAAUGAAAAUCAGCCCUUUUAAAUUUCAUAUCUUCACAUUGGGGUUUUGGAAUGACCUUUUUCAGCUUGGGCCACUAUAACUAUUUCCCCUUGUUUUUCAAAUUUCUGAUGUGCUAUUGAUCGUAGGAAUUUUAAAAGUAACCCUGUGUUCCUGGUUUUCUGUUGGGCCUGAUCCUGCCCCAUCAAUUUCAAUGGGAGUGGGAGCAGACCCAUUAUUAGGGAAUAUUUUAAUGGCCUUGAAAAAUCAAUCAUGUUCAACUGCUGCUCAGCAGCUCUAAUAUUUGGGGGCGGGGGGGCGGGAGAAAACAGAUGUGCUCAUGCAUAGGGAGUUUCACCUCUGUACUGUACUCCCUUACAAAUACUCACACAUCAUGGCUGAAUCUUUUCAUUCUUGUUUCAGUUGUGGAGGCUUUGUGGGAUUCCCUUCAGAUCCCAUCAGUGUUGCUCCUAGAUCAAUCAGUGGGCUUCCUACAAAGCAAUUCGUUGCACUCAUUUCUUGAUCCAUGUCUCUGCAACUCCUGGUCCCUGCUGGCCUUAGAAAUGGAAAUCCAAGACUAAAAAUCAAAUUUUGCGUGAUAAUUCAGAGUAUUUGGUCAUCAGCCAAAAAUGGACAUUA